AUGAUUCUGCUUUUUGUGACAAUCACAAAUUAUAGACCUUACCCCACUAUGAACCAGUUAUCUGCAGCCUUGGGGGGACUGAGCCUGCCUGCCCAGCAGCUGGAAGCACUAAGGCCUGUGAAUCUAAUGCAAGAUCGGAACAUUCUUCCCAGUACAGAAUCCACUCCUGUACCUAAUCUCAGUACAGACCUGAAGAAAGCAAACUGCAGAUCAGACUCUUUCCGAUGCACAUUGACAAAUAUUCCUCAGACACAAGCAUUGUUAAAUAAAGCCAAACUGCCCCUUGGCUUGCUUCUUCAUCCUUUCAGAGAUCUUACGCAAUUACCUGUCAUAACGUCCAACACCAUUGUGAGAUGCCGCUCUUGCAGAACGUACAUUAACCCUUUUGUAUCCUUUCUUGACCAAAGGAGGUGGAAAUGUAAUUUGUGCUACAGAGUCAAUGAUGUUCCUGAAGAAUUCAUGUACAAUCCAUUGACUCGUUCUUAUGGUGAACCACACAAACGUCCAGAAGUGCAGAACUCAACUGUGGAGUUCAUUGCUUCUUCAGAUUAUAUGCUUCGCCCUCCUCAGCCUGCUGUUUACCUGUUUGUGUUAGAUGUUUCUCACAAUGCUGUAGAAGCUGGUUACCUGAAUGUACUAUGUCAGUCUCUGCUUGAAAACUUGGACAAGCUACCUGGGGAUACGAGGACGAGAGUAGGAUUCAUAACAUUUGACAGCACUAUUCACUUUUAUAACUUGCAGGAGGGAUUAUCACAGCCUCAGAUGCUUGUUGUCUCAGAUAUUGACGAUGUCUUUCUACCUACGCCUGAUAGUUUGCUGGUAAAUCUCAAGGAAAGCAAAGAGCUGGUGAAGGAUUUAUUAAAUGCACUUCCCAACAUGUUCACCAACACAAGAGAGACGCAUAGCGCACUGGGACCUGCCCUUCAGGCUGCCUUCAAACUGAUGUCUUCGACAGGGGGCCGGGUUUCUGUGUUUCAGACACAGUUGCCCUCUUUAGGAGCCGGUCUUCUGCACUCCAGAGAAGAUCCCAACCAAAGAUCAAGCACCAAGGUUGUGCAACAUCUGGGUCCAGCCACUGAUUUUUAUAAGAAGCUGGCACUAGACUGUUCUGGACAACAGAUCGCAGUCGACCUUUUCCUCUUGAGUUCCCAGUACUCGGACCUGGCAUCCUUAGCGUGUGUGUCCAAAUAUUCAGCAGGAAGCAUUUUUUACUACCCGUCUUUCCAUCACGUUCACAAUCCUGCCCAGGCAGAAACAUUUCAGAAAGAUCUCCGACACUAUUUCACCAGAAAGAUUGGUUUUGAGGCCGUCAUGAGGAUACGAUGCACCAAAGGUCUUUCUAUCCAUACUUUCCAUGGAAAUUUCUUUGUACGUUCUACUGACCUGCUUUCUCUUGCAAAUGUCAAUCCGGACUCUAGAUUUGCUGUUCAGAUGUCUAUUGACGAAAGUUUGACUGAUACAGCCCUCGUUUGCUUUCAGGCUGCUCUUCUUUACACCUCCAGUAAAGGCAAGCGAAGGAUUCGGGUGCACACCUGUUUGCCAGUGGUGAGCCAGUUGAAUGAUGUGUUUGCAGGAGCUGAUGUUCAGGCAAUUACAUGCCUAUUGGCAAAUAUGGCUGUUGAUCGAGCGAUUUCCUCCAAUCUGACGGACUCCCGAGAUGCCGUGGUAAACGCUGUGGUGGAUUCACUCUCUGCUUACCGCUCAACCACUUCCAGUUUCCAACAGUCUGGUGUGAUAGCUCCGUAUUCCCUCAGGCUCUUUCCCCUUUAUGUCCUGGCUCUGCUCAAACAAAAAGCACUGAGAACAGGUACUAGCACUAGACUGGAUGACCGAGUGUUCGCAAUGUGCGAAUUCAAGUGUCAGCCUCUGCAACAAAUCAUGCGCAUGAUUCAUCCCAAUUUGUACAGAAUAGACAAUCUCACUGACGAGGGAGCCCUCCAUGUUAAUGAUUCCAUAGUACCCCAGCCACCUAUUCUCCAGCUUUCUGCUGAGAGACUUACCAGAGAGGGUGCAUUCCUCAUGGAUUGUGGAUCUGUUCUUUAUCUUUGGGUUGGCAAAAGCUGUGAUGUGACUUUCAUAAGUGAUGUGCUUGGCUAUCCAAACCAUGCUUCAAUACAACAGAAUAUUACACAGAUUCCAGAACUUGAAACCCCGUCUUCUGAAAGAACACAAUCUUUUAUUACCUGGCUCCAAGAGAACAGAUCAUUUAAUCCAGUUCUUUAUAUUGUGAAGGACGAUACCUCUGCCAAGACUAACUUCUUCCAGCUUUUAAUUGAAGACCGAACAGAAGCAGCUUUGUCUUAUUAUGAGUUUCUCCUCCACAUUCAGCAACAGAUCUCCAAAUAGAUGGUAGAUUAACACUGAACCAUGAAGGCAGAAGAGUCCUAAAA